AUGAAAUUUUUGAAGCUUUACUUAGUUGCACUAACCCCAAUUCUGAAACUUCUAUUGACUACUGCUUUUGGGACAUUUCUUGCACUUGAUCGCAUUGACAUACUCGGAAAAAAUGCCAGGAAGCACAUCAAUGCUAUGGUAUAUUUUGUGUUCACUCCUGCUCUUAUUAUGAGUAGCCUGGCUAGAACAAUAACUUUAAGGAACAUGUUUAUGCUGUGGUUCAUGCCAUUAAAUAUUCUUGUAACAUAUAUUGCUGGGACAUUUCUUGGAUGGUUACUUAUUAAAAUAACUAGAGUUCCUCAUCAUUUGCAUGGCCUUGUGUUGGGGUGCUGUGCUGCAGGAAAUCUGGCCAGUUUACCUCUUAUUGUAGUUCCAGCUAUUUGUACAGAAAGGAACAGCCCUUUUGGAGAUAUGAAUGUUUGCUAUAGAAAUGGACUGGCAUAUGCUUCUCUCUCAAUGGCAAUAGGAUACAUUUAUGCUUGGUCUAUAACAUUCAACGUUGUUCGCAUAUAUUCACCUCCGGUUUCAAAUGUUGUCAAAGUUGAUGAAUCUGCAGUAACUCCAAUGUCUGCAAUAGAAACUGAUCCAGAAAACCUUUCAAAAUGUUCCACAUUAACAUUGGCCACGGCUGAGGAUAAUAACACACAGCCAAAUGGUAGUAUUGAUCGACCUGAAAUUGAAUGUAAAGUGCUUGAUGCACAAGCAAAGGUACCAGAAAAGCUGAAGAUUAUGAAACUGCUGAAAAUACUAGCUGAUAAGAUCAACAACAUGAAGGUACUAAUUGCACCUUCAACGAUGGCAGCGAUUUUUGGUUUGACAAUUGGUGUUGUCCCUCAAUUUCGAAAAGUACUAGUUGAUGACAAUACUCCACUCCAUGUUGUUCAAGACUCUAUAACCAUGCUGGGGGAUGCAAGCAUUCCAACAAUGAUCUUAUUGCUAGGGGCAAAUCUUCUUAAGGGAUUAAAAGGAUUAGGAAAGCAACUUCCACUUAUUGUUGGCAUUAUUGUGGUUAAAUAUGUGGCCUUGCCAGUAAUAGGUAUAACCAUUGUGAGAGGUGCAGUUCAUUUCAAGUGGAUCCACCCUGAUCCAUUGUAUCAGUUUGUAUUACUGCUUCAACAUGCUCUUCCACCUGCAAUAGUCGUGAGUAAGUUGUUUCCUGUAGUAUUUCUCAAAUAA